CAGAAGACAUGAGACUGAGAGUGUGUUUGGUAGACGUGAAGUAAGAAAAAGGGGGAGAGAGAGAGAGAGAGAGAAUCUCUCUUGUUUGGCUCAGAAGAGAAACAGAAGACGUUGAGACUCAUCCUCCUUGAGAUUGGAAGAGCUUGAUCCAUUUUCGUCUCUAAUUUACAGGUUAGAAUAAACUCAUCAUCAUUAUCUUUGGUGAAAGUGAAACUGUAACAGUGUAUUCCCUUUCUUUUAGCAUGAGCUGGCAAUUACUUGGUAUUAGAUGAAUGCUUAAGAGUUAAGUUUAGGUAAUUAGUGACUUAAUCCUGUGGUCAAACUACCCUUUAUAUACAGCCUUUUGGCCAAAUGAAAUAUAUAAAACAUUACUUCUCUUCACUCUUUCAAAUCCCUGAGAUUGGGUAUCAACGGUUUAAUCCCUAAUACCUUUUUUAUUCUAAUUACUUUGCUCCGGAGAAGAGAAGAUGGGAGACCUGGUUGCUGAGAAACACGUUCAGUAUAUACUAUCUGUUCAAAAGAAGAAAGAUAGUUUUGAAUCUGUUGUAAUGGAGCAUCUCAGGAUGAAUGGAGCAUACUGGGGAUUGACUACCCUUCAUCUUCUGGGGAAGCUCGACACCGUAGAUGUUCAUGAGGUUGUUUCCUGGAUCAUGUCUUGUCAGCACGAUGAAGGGGGUUUUGGUGGAAAUGUUGGACAUGACCCACAUAUCUUGUAUACACUUAGUGCCGUGCAGGUGCUUGCUCUCUUUAAUAAGUUGGAUGUUAUUGAUGCAGAUAAGGUCACAAAUUAUAUUGUCGGCCUGCAAAAUGAAGAUGGGUCUUUUUCAGGGGAUAUAUGGGGUGAAGUUGAUACCCGGUUCUCAUACAUUGCUAUUUGUUGUCUAUCGUUAUUACAUCGCUUGGAUAGAAUAAAUGUGGACAAGGCUGUCAAAUACAUUAUAAGUUGCCAAAACAUGGAUGGUGGUUUUGGUUGCACACCUGGUGGGGAAUCUCAUGCUGGACAAAUUUUCUGUUGUGUGGGGGCCCUUGCUAUAGCGGGGUCACUAGAUCUUGUUGACAAGGACCUACUUGGAUGGUGGUUAUGUGAGCGACAAGUUAAAUCUGGAGGUCUGAAUGGGCGUCCAGAGAAACUCCCUGAUGUAUGCUACUCAUGGUGGGUUCUUUCUAGCCUGAUCAUGAUUGACAGGGUUCAUUGGAUCAGACACAGACAAUGGUGGGAUUUCAGAUAGACCAGAUGAUGCUGUGGAUGUCUUCCAUACAUACUUUGGGGUGGCUGGACUUUCACUUCUUGAAUAUCCUGGAGUGAAACCGAUAGACCCAGCUUACGCUUUACCCGUGGAAGUUGUGAAUAGAAUUUUCUUUAGUAAAUGAAUUGGAGUUCAACAAACAUUAUCAAGUAAUGAGAACCGUCUUGAGUUUAGAUUCAUAAGAUCUUUAAUUUUAACUUUUUUGAGGUGAAAGAUCUUUAAUUCUUAUUUUUAGCUGUAUUAAAUUUCCUGUAUAUAACAUCUUGUUUUUCUGAUGUAUGACUGGGUGAGUGUGUCACAACCAGACACUUUCGUUUACAAUUAUUUAUUACAUUAUUCUCGAGGAAUUCAAUUCUACAUUCAACUA